AGCGACACCAAACAAUCCCCCCCCAACCCCCUCACCAACCUCCGCACCCGCAUCGCCGCAAACCGCUCCUCCAGCUCCGACCCCGCCGCCCUUCUCCACCGCCGCCUGGUAUCCCACAUGGCAUCGCGGACCGAGGAAUUUUUGAACGCCUACGGCACCACGGCAUUUACUUCCGCGCGUCUGACUUUCUGCGCUAAUGGCCACGUUAGUCCAACUUCCACGGAGGUAUUGGCGGGGACGGCUGCAGAGGCGGCGGAGAAGGAGUAUAUUGAGUUUGAUGUUCUUGAGUCUGAUCAUUUCUGGACGGAUAGGGAGGCGGCGAAUGGGUUGGCGAAGGGGUUGGAGAGGGUGCUAGAGGAGAAAUUGGGGCUGAAGGGGAUGAGGGGGGAGGGGAUUGAUGUGCAGGUGCGUGAGGAGGGGGGGGGGUGGAGGAGGGAGAAUGUUUUUGGGGUUUGGGAGACGGGGACGGGGUGGGGGGUUGUGGUUAGGGUGAAGGUUGAUGUUGGGGAGUAA